AUGAAGAAGCACGGUCUCGUAGAUGCCGGGUAUAAGCACAUAAUCCUAGACGACUGCUUCACGCUCAAGAACCGAAGCAAAAACGGGAAACUCGUAGAAGACCCCGACAACUUCGCUGAUGGCAUCAAAUCAUUUAACGAGCAACUGAACAAGCUCGGGAUCAACGGAGCUGCGUAUUCAGAUCUAGCAACAUGGGCUGAAUGGGGUUUUGGUUAUGUCAAGUACGACAACUGCUACAUACCCUUCGACAACAUGACGCAGCAGAACACGCAUAGCGCGCCGUUUUGGCUCGGUCUCUGCGAGUGGGUACGCUGGCAACAACCCUGGAUCAGGAGCAAGAGAGUCGGCCAAUCCUGGCGUAUAAACGGCGACAUCAAGCCCUGGUGGGCUGCUCUCGCGGCUAUCCCUGACGUACAAAGAAGCGAAAUCGCACUUCACGGCCUGGGCGCUACUCAAGUCCCCCUUGAUCAUCGGCACCGACCUCAUAAACGCCAAACGGUCGAGAUCCUAGGGAACAGGGACUUGAUUAAGAUCAACCAGGAUCCCAAUGUUGGCGAGAUUAUAUCGCCAUUUCGGUGGGGGAUCGGGCCGGACUACAGUGGGCCAAGCAGCUACGGCACCGUCUUCAUGAUCAUGAAUACCGAGGACGUGCCGGCGACGAUGUUCUUCAACCUAACCGAGAGCUGGGAUAUCCGGGCGGGGCGGGUGUAUAGUGUGUAUGACAUGUGGAGCCAUAAGCACACGGGGACGGUGCUGUGGAAUCUGACGUUGGAGCUGCCGGCGCAUGGGGUUGCGGCGUUGUUGCUAAACGAUGCGGGGCCGGAGAGGGAGGAGGAGAGGGAGGAGUUGCCGUAUUGUGCGGGGUAUUGGCAGUGCUCGUGGCCUAAUGAGACGUAUUGUAGUAAUUGA